AUGGAGUGCGGCAACUACCGGGGCAUCUCUCUCGUCGCACACGCCGGCAAGGUGCUGCUUAAGGUCGUCGCUACACGACUGAGCCACUACUGCGAGCGAGAGGGCAUCCUCCCGGAGGAGCAGAGCGGUUUCCGCCCACACCGGUCGACGCUCGACAUGCUGUUCGCCAUCCAGCGGCUCCAUGACCUCGCGAGGAAGAAGAGUACUGCGGUCUUCGCCUGCUUCGUCGACCUCACCAAGGCAUACGAUUCGGUGGACCGAGACCUACUGUGGGACGUGCUCCAACGCUUCGGCGUGCCCCCGAAGACGCUGGCGGUCAUUCGCCACUUCCACGAGGGCAUGAGGGCGCGCGUCCGAACGGACGACGGGCGGGGAUGCAACCUGGCCCCGCUGCUGUUCAACUUGUUCUUUGCCGCGAUGCUCAUGGUCGCCGUGGCCGAGUUCGACAAGGACCCCAAGGUGACGGCGGACAUGGUCAAGAUCGGGACACAAGUGGAGUACACGGGCAAGAAGGGCAGGUCGGCGGGGAGGAAGACGACGGUGGGAACGGACGCGGAGGCCUUGUGGGCCAUGCUCUACGCUGACGACGCGGCCAUCGUCUCGCGCUCGCCGGAGAGUCUCGAGAAGAUGAUGUCGGUCAUCGUGCGCGUGGCCGGCCUGUUCGGACUGAUGGUGUCGGAGCCAAAGACGGAGAUCAUGUGCAUGCUGCCAAAAGGGAUCGAGGAACGCCCGUUCACGGUCAGCGCCGCCGGCCAGACGUACAAGCAGACAGAUCGGUUUGUGUACCUCGGACGUACCAUCUCCGCGGACGGGAAGGCCGACCGGGAGAUCACGAGCCGCAGCUGCCGAGCGUGGAAGUGCUACCGCCGGAACAGUGCUUCGAUGUACGACAGGCGACGGGCCGACCGCCAGCUCAAGAUCCGUCUACUCCAGGCUAAAGUUGUGGAGACUCUCCUGUAUGGGUGCGCCUCGUGGGGCCUAACAGCGGAGCACUACACGAAGCUCAAUGGGACCCACCGUCAGUUCCUCACACGGUGCAUCGGCUGGAGCAAGCGGAAACGCUCAGACCGCCCCCUGUCCUAUGCCCAGGCCCUCAUCCAGGCAGGCUGCGAGGAAACCAUCGAGGCCACCGUGCGCAAACGGAGGCUGUGUUUUGCGGGCUUCGUUAUGCGCAUGGAGGACAACCGCCUCCCCAAGCGCAUGCUGCUGGGAGCGAUGGCGGGGGGUACCGGAUACCGGGGCGGGCAGGAGAGCGACUGGGUGUAUCGCCUAGGAGAGGACCUCGUGGCGUUUGGCAUGAAAGAGGAGAAGGAGGGGGGGAGAUGGAAAGAGAGCGCCAAGGACCAGGAGGCGUGGUACGACAAGAUCGAGGACGGGGCGGCAUGGUUCAUGAGGAAAUGGCACAGGCAGGAGGCGGAAGCGUCCGCGAAGCGCCAGCGCGCGAGGGGAGCAGAAGCAGAGAGUACGGUCAUCUCAGGACCGAAGAGAGAGUCGGGGAAGCGGCGGUGGGGGGAAAGAAACGGCGACCGGUCACUGCUGUAGAAGCGAGCAGGGCGGCCGAGGAAGCACCUAUGGCGAACUAUGUACCCGGCUGAUGUUGUUGCGCCCUGUUUCCCUCCCUACUGUAUGCUAUAUUCCUUUAUGUAUGUCCUUUGUACUGCCUUCGGCCUCUGUGCUGUGUUUCUAUUUUUUUUCAUGUCCUCCCUGCCUACUCUGCUGCGUUGGGUACCAUUAUCUCACUUUUGCUGUUGCUUUUGUUUUUUUNAUGGCGAACUAUGUACCCGGCUGAUGUUGUUGCGCCCUGUUUCCCUCCCUACUGUAUGCUAUAUNCGAAGAGAGAGUCGGGGAAGCGGCGGUGGGGGGAAAGAAACGGCGACCGGUCACUGCUGUAGAAGCGAGCAGGGCGGCCGAGGAAGCACCUAUGGCGAACUAUGUACCCGGCUGAUGUUGUUGCGCCCUGUUUCCCUCCCUACUGUAUGCUAUAUUCCUUUAUGUAUGUCCUUUGUACUGCCUUCGGCCUCUGUGCUGUGUUUCUAUUUUUUUUCAUGUCCUCCCUGCCUACUCUGCUGCGUUGGGUACCAUUAUCUCACUUUUGCUGUUGCUUUUGUUUUUUUUACACCUGGCUGUCUGCCCAUCUGCCGCCUCUUUGUCCUGUUUGCUCCGUUACUCCCAUGCCCUGGUGCGUAGUGCCUGGUGCUGGUUUACCUUGCCGGUGACGGCGUUGAACUUUUGCUUCCAACCGUCGGGGAGCGGCUCGUUCGGACGCACAGCCACGGAGGGCUCGCUCUCCGCGCUGUCGCCUUCGAGAGUCCUCGAAGCGACCGUGAACCUGUCGUCGGGGAGAAGAGUGUGGAGAAGACAACAAGACCAAAAGAGGAUGGCUUGCAACCGACACUAAGACUUUCCAAGUAUUUCAAAGAAUCGUGCACUUGCUGUGCCUUUUAGAAGCGCGUCAUGAGUCAAGAAAAAUCGGGGCAACAAGACUAUUCGAACGAGCUUUGGACACGAAAACAUGCAGUCAUCCACGAGUCCGUGAGAAACGGGGGCGAUUACACCAGUGCGAGAGUUCAUAGCACAAGCAGCCCUAAUCAAUCCAGAUAUUUGAGAGUAACGUCACCUGUAGACAAGCCCGUUUGAUAACGCUUUCACGGCGGUGGACACGGCCUUGGCAUCGUCUACAUUUGUAGCGCCUUUCUUGUGCCACUCGCGGCCAUCCAAUCGGUAGCGGUACACGACGAAUCCAAUCGUCACGGGAGGUGAACAUUUUUCCUCGUCGCGUGCCACCGAACUUUCCACGGCGCGAUCUCCACUUCCUCCUCGUCCGCUCCCAUCCUUUGCUUUGGUCGUUGUUGCUUUCGUGUUUCUCCCAAUGUGCUGCGGCGCUUCUCUUCCUUCUGGUAAGGAUGGUAGUUUCCACCAAACAACGGCUCCUUGGUUCUGAGCGACGGCCUCGACGUGUGUGGGGGGCAACCCGUACGCUGUUCUUGGCGCCCAUCCGAGCGGGUAACGUGGGGAAAUUUCUCAGGGCGAAUGCAAACACCGGUGCACUAUCACAAAUGUGCCCGGCCUAACUGAGGAGCGUCAUUGAUGGGAUCGGCCAUGUCGAUUUUUCCUCCACUUUCCGUCCGCCGGCAUGCUCGUACACUGUAUUGACUUGGUGACGAUAGGACAUAGGCGCGCGUUUUCUACUCGGUACAGGAAUGGUCACAAGACAAAACAGCGACGACAACCACAAUGACUACAACGACGAUGUCAGCAACAACGUCAACAUCAUAUAGCUCACUCUUCCUCCGCUUUCGAGGGUCUUCGGGCGUAAGGUUGGGGGAUAUGCUGUUUGGCGCGUCGGCGAGUGUCCAGAACGUCUCCUUGGUCUCCUUGUCGUAGUAGUAGUGCUUGCCGGUAGCCUUGUCCAGAACGCGCUUGAAGCGAGAAGGUGCGGUCUCUCCUCCCUCGCCUCCAGCUACUGCCGUGUUGGCCAUUCGUCAUGUUUCGUUAGACAAAAUUUUAUUGAUUCACAAGUUUGUACGUUGCAAACUCCCUUGUACAUCAGAUCCGAAAGACAGCGGUGUGGGGUCGAGAAUGUCGGGUGUUGGAUUCCAACGGUGCUCUGAUGUUGUACAAGAGAAAUGAGAGUCAUCGAUGGGUACGCUGUUCCUCCCCACUAUUACAUC